CAACUCUUCACACAACGAUGGCGAAACCUAAGUCCAAAAAGUCCGUUAAGCCGCUGGUAUAUGAAUCGGAUCAAUCUGACGAGGAGUUUGGUACCAGACGCCAAAACGACUCCGAUUCUGAUGACAUUUCCAGCAUCUCCUUUGGGACUUUGAACAAGGCGCAAAAGAAGAUCCGCGAUCAGGAGAAGAGCGAAAAGCCUAGCAUACAUAACUAUGACAGUGACAGUGAUGUCCAAGGCGGGUUUUUCGAUGGAGAAGAUAGUGACAGUGACAGUGACAGUGACGGUGCCCCUACCUCCACGUCCACCAAGAAGCACAAACACGCGCCAAAGGAGUCUUCAUCUAAGAGACCGGUCAAAAAAUACAGAGAAAUCCCCGGCUUAGACAUCUCCAAGUACAAAGAGAAGUCCGUAACCAAUGAUAUCCGUUUCAACCCGGCGUUCGGUGCGGCUGACUUGUCUUAUACCCGUGACAACUAUCGUUUCCUCGACGAGUACCGUCAAGACGAGCUCAACCAGAUGCAGACAAUGCUUAAAGAUCGUAAGUCGAAACAUCUUUUGAAGCAAUGGGAAAAGGAGGAUAUUCAGUUCAAGAUUCAGUCAUUGCAGUCGCGUGUGGACACAUUGAAGAACAGAGACUUGAACGAACAGGUGCUCGCACAGCAUAAGCGUGAACAGCGUGCAAAGGUCAAGAGUGGGGAACAGACCAACAUGUUCUACUUAAAGGACAGUGAGAAGCGCAAGAUGUUGACCAAGUUGAAGUUCGAAGGCAUGAAGGGCUCCCAAAGAGAAAAGGUGAUGGAGAGAAAAAGAAAGAGACGUUUGGGGAGAGAAUUCCGGGAGUUGGAGUUCAACCAGAGGGGUUGAGCACACUUGUGUGUCUGUAUAUGUAUAUUAGUUGAGC